CGAGUCCUGCGCUGAGCGGCGCCGCCAGCUCGGCCGCCGCCGGGCGCCAUGGAGCAGUGGCGGCAAUGCGGCCGCUGGCUCAUCGACUGCAAGGUCCUGCCGCCCAACCACCGGGUCGUGUGGCCCUCGGCUGUGGUUUUCGAUCUGGCUCAGGCGCUGCGCGACGGCGUCCUGCUGUGCCAGCUGUUGCACAACCUGUCCCCAGGCUCUAUCGACCUCAAGGACAUCAACUUCCGGCCGCAGAUGUCCCAGUUUCUGUGUUUGAAGAACAUCCGCACCUUCCUCAAAGUCUGCCACGAUAAAUUUGGACUAAGAAACAGUGAGCUCUUCGACCCCUUUGACCUCUUCGAUGUCCGAGAUUUUGGAAAGGUCAUCUCGGCCGUGUCCAGGCUCUCCCUGCACAGCAUCGCACAGAACAAAGGCAUCAGGCCUUUUCCCUCAGAGGAGACAGCGGAAAAUGACGAUGAUGUGUACCGCAGCCUGGAGGAGCUGGCGGAUGAGCACGACCUGGGGGAGGACAUCUAUGACUGUGUCCCGUGUGAGGAUGAAGGGGACGACAUCUACGAGGACAUCAUCAAGGUGGAGGUGCAGCAGCCUAUGAAAAUGGGCAUGACAGAGGACGACAAGAGGAACUGCUGCUUGCUGGAGAUCCAGGAGACCGAGGCCAAGUACUACCGGACCCUCGAGGACAUUGAGAAGAACUACAUGAGCCCACUGAGGCUAGUGCUGAGCCCCGGGGACAUGGCAGCCAUUUUCACCAACCUGGAGGAGCUGAUCAAGGUGCACCAUAGCUUCCUGCGGGCCAUCGAUCUGUCCAUGAUGGCGGGGGGCAGCACCCUGGCCAAGGUCUUCCUCGACUUCAAGGAAAGGCUCCUCAUUUACGGAGAGUACUGCAGCCACAUGGAACACGCCCAGAACACGCUGAACCAGCUCCUGGCCGGCCGCGAGGACUUCAGGCAGAAGGUCGAGGAGUGCACGCUGAAGGUCCAGGACGGCAAGUUCAAGCUGCAGGACCUGCUCGUGGUGCCCAUGCAGAGGGUGCUCAAGUACCACCUCCUCCUGAAGGAACUCCUAAGCCAUUCCACCGACCGGCCUGAGAGACAGCAGCUCAAAGAAGCCCUGGAGGCCAUGCAGGACCUGGCCAUGUACAUCAACGAGGUCAAGCGGGACAAGGAGACCUUGAAGAAAAUCAGCGAGUUCCAGAGCUCCAUCGAGAACCUGCAAGUGAAACUGGAGGAGUUUGGGAGGCCGAAGAUAGACGGCGAGUUGAAAGUCCGCUCCAUAGUGAACCACACCAAGCAGGACAGGUACUUGUUCCUGUUUGACAAGGUGGUCAUCGUGUGCAAGAGGAAGGGCUACAGCUACGAGCUGAAGGAGAUCAUCGAGCUGCUCUUCCACAAGAUGACCGACGACCCAAUGAACAACAAGGACAUCAAGAAGUGGUCCUACGGUUUCUAUCUAAUACACCUCCAAGGAAAGCAGGGCUUCCAGUUUUUCUGCAAGACAGAAGACAUGAAGCGGAAGUGGAUGGAGCAGUUCGAGAUGGCCAUGUCAAACAUCAAGCCGGACAAAGCCAACGCCAACCACCACAGCUUCCAGAUGUACACGUUUGACAAGACCACCAACUGCAAAGCCUGCAAGAUGUUCCUCAGGGGUACCUUCUACCAGGGCUAUCUGUGCACCAAGUGUGGCGUCGGGGCACACAAGGAGUGUCUGGAGGUGAUGCCACCCUGCAAGAUCACUUUUCCUGCAGACCCGGACGCCUCAGGAGCGGGACCAGGUCCCAAGAUGGUGGCCGUGCAGAAUUACCAUGGCAACCCCGCACCCCCUGGGAAGCCAGUGCUCACCUUCCAGACGGGUGACGUGAUGGAGCUGCUGCGAGGCGACCCCGAGUCUCAGUGGUGGGAGGGUCGACUGGUCCAAACUAGGAAGUCGGGUUAUUUCCCAAGUUCAUCUGUGAAGCCCUGCCCCGUGGAUGGAAGGCCACCCAUCAGCCGGCCGCUGUCCCGGGAGAUUGACUAUACCGCGUACCCCUGGUUUGCUGGCAACAUGGAGAGGCAGCAGACGGACAACCUGCUCAAGGCCCACGCCAGCGGCACCUACCUGGUGCGGGAGCGGCCCGCCGAGGCCGAGCGAUUCGCAAUCAGCAUCAAGUUCAAUGACGAGGUGAAGCAUAUCAAGGUGGUGGAGAAGGACAGUUGGAUCCACAUCACAGAAGCAAAGAAGUUCGAAAGCCUCUUGGAGUUGGUGGAGUACUACCAGUGCCACUCACUCAAGGAAAGCUUCAAGCAGCUGGACACCACGCUCAAGUACCCCUAUAAGUCGCGGGAGCGCGUGGCCUGCAGGGCCUCCAGCCGGUCCCCAGUGUUCACACCCCGGGUCAUCGGCACAGCUGUGGCCAGGUACAACUUUGCCGCCCGGGACAUGCGGGAGCUCUCGCUGCGAGAAGGUGACGUGGUGAAGAUCUACAGCCGCAUCGGCGGGGACCAGGGCUGGUGGAAGGGCGAGGCCAACGGGCGGAUUGGCUGGUUUCCUUCAACAUAUGUAGAAGAGGAAGGUGUCCAAUGACAGCGGGAACUCGGACCAGACUCACGGAUUUUCUCGGAAGAGUUGCUCCAGCUCUGAAGUCGGUCUCUAGCUCCAUGACUCAGAGGGAAAAUGCCUGCCAACUUUCCAGGAUUCAGCAGCCCUAGGGGUGGGGUGGGUGUUCAGUGUCCUAACCGUGAACUGUUCCACCAUCAGUGUGCCCUUGUGACAUGCACAGGGCAUGCGACUUGUACAUAGAGGAAACCUAGGCUAGCCCUGCUGAGGGUGCCAUCACCCAGAGCACCAAGGGGGUGGGUGCUCACGGCGUUACAGGCAGACCCUGGGUGACUGCUGAGGCCAGAGCACAUCGCUUGCCCGUCCUGCUGAGAUGGUGUCCAGGAGCCUGGGUUUAAGCAGCAGAGGCUGUCCCCGGGAGGGCUGGGGAUGGGGAAGGACUGCCCCAGCCCCUCCUGCUCAGCCCGGCUGCUCAGCCCACCUGUUGCCUGCUGUUUUCUCUGACUCCCAAGGCGAGGCUCUGGUCCUUGAGAGGCAGGAGGGUACAGGGCCAGUUGUCUGCUGUGACCCUUCCUCAGCCAGGCUGUGCUUGGGUAUAGAAGAAGAGAGCAUUGCAGGGGGGUUCUGUGUGGCACCCCUGGCUCCCAGGACUUCCCCUUGAUGUCCACACUGUCCUCAGCACUGGGGAAGGCGGGGACCCCACGAGGCGGGCCUCCCUCAGGUAGGGGCCUUAGGAAAAAUGAAGUUGCUGACCCUACUGCCCAGUCAAUGGUACUGUCCUACCCCUUGCCCUGAGAGUCCCUCCCCGAAUCCCAAGAAUGUGUCUGCCCUGCCCUGCUGCCAGGCACAUCUAUAUUUUGAAGCCCCUAAAAUGGGCCAGGAAGAAAACAGUGGUUUUCCCCUCUCUGGGACCCUGCUGCUCACAUCCCUCCCAAGAAAGAGACCCUCCAUUGCUCACACCCAGGCAGACCCCUCUGGGCUCCCUGGUUCCUGCAAGGUGGUCCCUAAAGGUCUUCCCAGCCUUUGCACAGGACGUCUGUUCCAGCUCUUGCCAGAUCUUUCUCCAGAGGGCUCCUGCAACCUGUAAACCAGGCCCAGGGCCAGUCCAAAAUAAGUGCCCUUGGGGGGUACUUCUAUCCCCUUUCUUCCCCCUUCCUGGCAUCUCCUGGCCUUUGACCUCUGACUGGGAUGGCCAAACCCCGUUUUCUCUGCCCUCACGAUGCAUGAGACCUAGUGACACUGUCUCCCUCUGAGCUGCAUGCCAAAGCUGCUAUGAGGCCCGGGCCCCAGGCGGCCCCCUUUCACUCUGGUCAGCUACAUGGCUCUGUGUGAGGAGGAGGGACCAGGCAGGGCUGGGUGCUAGGGAGGCUGGUCCCUGCUGGGGAGGGUGCUGGUUACUGCACUGCAGCCUGGGGGUUCCUUUCUGAGCUCAGCCUUGUGACCUCCAGGCUGGGAUCACACACCCUUCAUCCUGGGGCAUGGAGAAGAGGCAGGGGCGCCAGAAAGAUGAUGCUCACCAAGGCGGAUAGAGAAGAAAGCCUAGAGAGGCUGUAGAAGUGAGGGAGA